GCUUCAUGGUUACGAAUCGAAGGUCCGUAAAAGAACCAUUGGCCAUGAAGAUCCAGACCGGUCCAUUUCUCACUGAGAAAUUCAGACAUCGAGAGACUAACAACAUCACCGUAGUGGCACUUGUCACUGCAGCGGCUCUCUGCGGGAGAUGGAGAAGGAAGGAAAGAAGGCGGCGGUGGAUCUUAUAGCAACUGCUUACUGUUGCUGCAGUAGCUUCGGAACCGACCAGGACUUCCUUUCUCUCUCAGCUUGCUCCGACAAUGAAGUCUGAUCCGCACCUAGAUAUUCACUCUGGCUCGCCGUGCAGCUCAACGGGAUAGAAUACCGUAUGCUUCAGGUGUCCCUAAUGUUGUGACCUGUGUUGCUGCAUUGUAUCCAUUGAGUUCCAGUUACAAUGCAACGUGUGAGGCGCUGCAGUUCCAGCAUUACAGCCCGUCGAGUCUUCCCUUUCCGACGUCCCUGUUGUACAUCAGGUCGAGUCGGGUCCGUGUGGAACUUUCGGGGAAUGGUAUUGUAUUUUGAAGUCUUAUCAGGAGGCGCGCAGAAAGAGACGCUGACUUCUUGGUCACCAUCGGGGGAAGAUGCGCUCCUUAACUUUUCCAUGCGUUUCUAAACGUGCUCUCACCACCUUCCUGGCGGGGGUUUUCCAAUUGCUUUACUCAGCAAUGCAGAGCUUCCCUGUAUUAUUUAAAUAUCACGAGAGGAAAUAAGCGAUUUGGACUUUUUGGGUCUUUUAAGGGAGGUGGAGACGUUGAUCCCCUCCCUCAGUCCUCGACUGAAAUUGCCACAUAAUUUUGCUCAGGAGAGACACUUGAAGCCGCACCACACCAGCGCUGGAAAUGGAGGCACCUAAUGGCUACUCUGCAAGUAAUGGCCAAUGCUCUCCAGGUAAGGAGAAGUCAAGAAUGACAACAUCUAAUGGACAAAAUGAGCUUUAUGGCUGUAAUUCCCCUAGUGAACUGAGCGACAAACAGAUAAAGCAAGAAGACACAAGGGAGGAUGCUGACAACAGAAGUCCAGUGUGUGAGGCCCAAACAGGAGAAGAAGGGACAUCUCUGGGGGAAUCUAUGACUGGGAGCCCAAGUAAUGCACAGGAUGGGUUAUCCGGACAAAACAUGGCCAUGGAUGCAACCAGUCGCCAUCCAAACGGUGACCGGCCAUUCCAGUGCAACCAGUGUGGUGUCUCAUUCACGCAGAAGGGAAAUCUGCUCCGACACAUUAAGUUGCACACAGGUGAAAAACCCUUCAAAUGCCCAUUCUGCAGCUAUGCCUGCCGCCGCCGUGAUGCUCUAACGGGUCAUUUGCGCACUCAUGCUGUUGGCAAACCACACAAGUGUAACUACUGUGGGCGGAGCUACAAACAGCGCAGUUCCCUUGAGGAGCACAAAGAGCGCUGCCAUAGUUACCUGCAGAGCAUUGGUCUGGACCCAACUGCCAGCACGGGCGCUUAUGCAGGUGACGUCCCUAAAGAGCCAAGGCCUAUGACUACGUUUGAGCGGCCGCUCGUGAUGGAAAGAAUGCAUAAUAAUGUUGGGAAAAGGAAGAGUAGCACACCCCAGAAAUUUGUUGGUGAAAAGAUGCUGCGCUACAGCUACCCUGAAAUGGGAUAUGAGAUGGGCCUCAAGUUUGAGAAGCAAGCUGAACUGUUGUCAGCUCACAUGAUGGACCAAUCUUUGGGUAAUGCCAUGACAUACUUGGGAUCAGACACACUUCGGCCCAUUCUCCAGCACACAGGGCACCCCCUCUCUAUGACUGAGGUUGUGCCCAUGGUCAGCCCACUCUACCAUCACGUUCUGCCUCUAGAUCACAGAGUUGAGCGCACAGGGAAUAUUGACUCACUGCCAUCUCAGCCCCCAUUACCCUCUGCUUUCCCUAGCCACACCACCUCCAAUGGGCCCGCUUCUUUGACUCGGCAUGGUAAGCCAACCCAGUCAAGACAUGAAGAGACGCCAAGCAACAGCGGAGAAGACUCACCUGAGUCGGCUGGCAGCAGCCCUCAGGAGCGACAUGCGAACCCUAGUAGCCAUCUCCCGUCCAGUCUCAGGUCACGCUCAAGUCCUACAGUUUUUUCAGGUGAUCAUGUGAAAGAUGUGUUACCCAGAAUUGGGUCAGGAACUGGGAGUGGGGUAUUGCGAGAAUCUGCAGAGAAGCCUGCAGUCCAAGAAGGGGUACGGGUGUUUGGGCGAGAAGGCCGGGAGUUACGGGCCUUCCAGUGCGACCAUUGCCAAGUGCUCUUCCUGGACCAUGUCAUGUACACCAUCCACAUGGGUUGCCAUGGAUACAGGGAUCCGAUGGAAUGUAACAUCUGUGGUCAUCACAGCAAGGACCGUUAUGAGUUCUCCUCGCAUAUCGUCCGUGGUGAACAUACAUUCCAGUGAAAGUCAAAUUUAAAGACAAGUAAGGGGAAGACUUUUAUUCUCACGUUUUAACCUUUAAUGGGGCUGCAGACUUAUGUAGCACUAGUACAGACUUUACAGCUACAAACAGUGUGAAUCUGAACAGCUGAACAAACAUAUGAAGGCUUUUAGAGCAGUGUGUGCUGCUAUAAACGUGACCAAAUCACUUGUAUUGAAACCAUUUUAAAAGCUUGCUAAAACAGACCUCAAGGAUUACUUCAACCAAAACUACUUUAUUCAGCAGCGCACAAUGUGACCAGUGUAGUGUUUGUCGGCAGGUCGUUUUGUUUAGGCUCAUAAUGCUCACUGUUUACAAAGUACAAAGGAAUAUGAGGACCACAUUGAAAAGAGGGGGGGGGGGGGAGACAAGACAGUUAAAACAUUGUACGAAUAAAGUUGCAAUUAUGAGAAUAAAGUUAAGUGGGUAUAUUUUGGCACAUCGCCAUCUUCAGUAAGAGCACUUUAAUGUGAGCGACUGUGCAAAAAUUUGUUUGUUCCUGAGAAAGAACAACACUGACUACAUUGCCUAUUUUAUAGAGAUUGUUUGAUCAUCAAUCAGAAGUGGUUUACUUACCAAAUACUAAAUACCGGUAAUAUUACUAGAUGACGAUACAGUGUAUGGCAGUUCUCAAGAGAGAGACAGUGGUUGUUGGUCUCUGACUGUUGCGUAUCCAUUUAUGUGAGAAUUUUGACAUUCAUGUUGCAAUACAACUUGAAUUUUUUUCCCCCAGUAAUAUUAUGACUUUAAUUUUGUAACAUAACUUUUUUUAUCUCAUUAUAAUUCCUUUUUCUCUUUCAACGUGGCCCAAAUUCUCCUUCGUCAUAAAGAACAAGAGUGUGCUGGAAACUGUAGUUUGGUCACCUGAUGCUGCUUGGCGUCCAUUUGGACUUGAUAGCCUGUGGAAAUAUUGUCCCUCAUUUUAUUCUGCAUUUGCAUGAAUAUUAAUGCUUGUGCCAUUAUAUUUAGCUCAGCUUUGUGACAGUAUUUAUUUUAAUGUUAGCAUUAUUUCUAAGGUUCAAUUUUCCAAUGUUAUUAAAAGGAUUACAUUUUAAUUACAGCAAAAUACCGAGGCAAUGCUGAGUGGCUCAACAUUGAGCAUUCGCUCUGCAUAUUUUCACCACUUCAGAUCAUCAAAUAAAAUGUAAAUAAAAAAAACCAGUAAAUACAAAAUACAAUUUAUGAAUGAUAAUUUAAUUUAUUAAAGCUACAGAGGGCUUGUGGUCAUGAACUGAUGGCCAAAAAUUCUCCUUUAGGAUUUUCUGGUAUAUGGCAGAAUUCAUGGUUCCAUCAAUGACAGUAAAUCGUCCAGGCACUGAAUGGGCAAAGCAGCCCCAGGUCAUCCACUUUGUUUGACUGUGGGUAUGAUGUUCUUUUUCAGAAAUUCCAGAUUUAACAAGAUGCAUGCCUUUCAAAAAUAUCAACUUUGGUCUUGUCAGUAUAUAGAAUAUUGCCAAAGUUUGGGGAUUAUUCAGAUGUUUGUUUGCAAAAGUAAGAUGAGCCUUUAUGUUCUUUUCGGUCGGCAGUGGUUUUCACUAUGAAAGUCUGUCAUGAAUGCCAUUUUUGCCUCUUCACUUCCUUAUUGUUGAGUCAUAAACACUGGUCUUAACUGAGGCACGGGAGACCUCUAGUUCUUUACUGUUGUCCUGGGUUUCUGCGUGAUCUCCUGGAUGUGUUGUCGGUGUGUUCUUGGGGUACUUUUGGUAGGUUGAUGACUCCUUAGGAAUGUCUUUGUAAUCUUUUCCAGACUGAAAAAUGUCAAUUAUGAUAUUGCUAAACUGUUCUUGAAUUUCAUUGGAUCUUGGCAUUUUGUUGCUUUUUGAGAUAUUUUGGCCAUCUUCAUUUUGUCAGACAGGCACUAUUUGUUGAUUGAACAGGUCUGGUAGUAAUUAUGCUUGGGUAUGGUCAGUAAAAUUUAACUCAGUUUUUACAAAAAUGAGACUGUUUACAUUUAACAGUUUCACUUAUGGCUAAGAAGGUUUGGAUAGAUUUUUUUUCCCCGGAAAACAUUAAAUCAUUAUUUUAAAACUGCAUUUUGUGUUUACCUCAGCAAUCUUUGUCUUGUAUUUAAAUUUGUUUGACGGUCAGAAACAUUAAAGUGGGGGAAAUAUAAAUUCAAAAAAGGAAUUUGGCAAGGGGGUAAAUAACUUUCUCACAGCACUGUACAUGAAAAUUGUGAGCAGGGGGUCUUUGGAUUUUGGUUUAGAUUUUUUAAUCAUGUGAAAGACAAUCAAAACCUGAUGAAUAAAAAAGGCAUACAGUUACUUUUAGAAACCAAGGUUACUGGGGCAACCUUCAAUCACCUUUGUUAUCCAACUUUGAAUUACCGUAGGCAAUAGUCUCAGUCACUUCGCGGUGCAAUGCGACAUUGCUUGGUGCUUUAAAUUCUAAUCCAUGUUCAUUGUUUCAUUUUCUGUUGAUUUCCUUAGAGACAUUUUUUUCUUAUUGAGGCAGCACGGUGAGCGUGUGGUUAGCACAUCAGCCUCACAGUUCAGAUGUCUUAGGUUCAAAUACAGGCUCUGGCCUUCCUGUUUCUCCCACAUUACAAAAGCAUGCAUGGUAGGUUAAUUGAAGACUUUAAAUUGUCCCUAGGUGCGUAUUUGUGGGUGAAUGGUUGUCUCUGUGCUCUGCGAUUGACUGGCAACCAGUUCAGGGUGUAUGCUGCCUCUCGCCCAAAGUCAGCUGGCAUAGGCUCUAGCACGCCUGUGACCAUCCAUCCAUCCAUUUUCUGAGCCGCUUUUCCUCACUAGGGUCGCGGGCGUGCUGGAGCCUAUCCCAGCUGUCAUCGGGCAGGAGGCAGGGUACACCCUGAACUGGUUGCCAGGCAAUCGCAGGGCACAUAGGAACAAACAAUCAUUUGCACUCACAGUCAUGCCUACGGGCAAUUUAGAGUCUCCAAUUCAUGCAUGUUUUUGGGAUGUGGGAGGAAACCGGAGUGCCCGGAGAAAACCCACGCAGGCACGGGGAGAACAUGCAAACUCCACACAGGCGGGGCCGGGGAUUGAACCCGGGUCCUCAGCACUGUGAGGCUGACGCUCUAACCAGUCGUCCACCGUGCCGCCACGCCUGUGACCAUCAAGGGAUAAAAGCAUGGGUGGUGUUGUAUUGGCUUCCAUUGCAAAGUUUUUAUAUUUUCCCCCCUCUGAUGUAAUGCAUGAAAACUUGUCCUGUAAAUCAAUCAGAACUAAUAAUUAUUAAUGAACAUAAGUUCACAACAGGCGGCACGGUGGACGACUGCCUCACAGUUCUGAGGACCGGGGUUCAAUCUCCGGCCCCGCCUGUGAGGAGUUUUCAUGUUCUCUCCGUGCCUGCCUGCCUAUAAAGAUCACUUUUUCAUGUUCAUAUUUGAGUGUUGGGACUUUAUUUUUUAGUAAUUGGGUGGGGCUUAAGGAAUGUAAAUAGUUGUUUGUAUGUUGCACUCUUUGUAUAUCCUUUCAAACAUAAUGUUCUCUCCCAACUCUGUGUGGGAAUACUUUCUAUACAUAAUGCCUUAAACUCUGCCUUGGACAGCUUAAAUUAUUAAUUAAAUUAAAAUAUGAACCAAGUAA